AUGGCGACUUUAGAGAGCUAUCGUGCACUGCGCAGCCACAUGAUAAUCGCUUCUAAACUCGUUGGAGUUGAAAUGUGGACCGCGCCAGGUAAAGUGAGGCCAGCAUCUUGUUUUAUAGUGUUCCAAAUACUUCUCUAUUUUGUCGGUAGUGCGUACACUAUUAUCAAGUAUCGACAUGAUUUGUUCUACGUCUUAAAAAUUCUCAUGACUGUUGGGACAGCGGCAGUGCUAUUCGUUAAAUUUGCAGUGAGCUUGUUUGGUGGGGAAGAGUUUGAUCAAUACGGAAAGGAUAUCGAGCGAGACCUGUUGAAACCUUAUCAAGCAGGCACUCCGGAGGAAGUAGCCGUCCUUGCUCGUACUGGAAGGUUCUUGUGGCUUCUUUCAAAGGUUUGGUUGGUAGCGAUCAGCAGCACUGGUGUUGGGUUUCUAUUGUAUCCGUUAUUGGUCUACUUUGUUGAGGGCAAACUGGUGCCAUUGUUUCUGUAUGAGCUGCCUUUUCUCGAUUGGCAUUACGUUGAGCUGUAUUUUGUGAAUUUAGUGUUUCAAAUUCAACUGUACGUGUUUGGAGCCAUCGGUGCAGUACUAUCGGAUUUCGUGAUUGUUAUGUAUUCGUUCUACGCCUUGGCUAAGGCGGAUAUCUGUAUAGUUCAUCUGCAUGAGCUGCGUACGAUGCUAAAUGAUGGGUCGAAAAUGGCCGAUGCAUCCGAUAUUGCUGCUUUGAAAAAGAAGUGGCAACAAUGCAUAAGCGAUCAUCGCUCAUCAACAAGAUUUCUGAACAACCUAGAGCAUCUGUUUGGAUUGACGUGUUUGGCUCAAGUAGUAACGGGGGUAUUUACGGUGUGUAUCAGUAUGUUGCUGGUCCUGCUGACCGACUGGUACCCUGUCUAUUUGUUCUUAGCGGCUACUUUCAUCGAGCUGAGUGCAUUUUUCGUCAUUGGCAAUCUAGUGGAAAAGAAGGUAGACGAAUUGUAUGACGCAAUAACGUCACUCUCAUGGUAUCGACUAUCUCUUCAGCAACAGAAAGAGUAUGGUUUCAUUGUGUUUCGUCAGCAACGACCUAUCGGCUUGACAGCUUUCGGUUUUAUGCCGCUUAAUUUCGAAUCCUACAUGAAUGUUUUGAAAGGCUUGUACCAGUUCUUCGUGCUCAUGUUGAAAUCCAUUCAGUGA